UGGCAACACAUGUAUGUCUAUGAUAGGCGGUUACAGAUUUUCCUCACAGACUCUGGCUCCAAAGCACCACUGACAACAUCUUAAUGCAGGUGAUACAACUAUCUGGGAUUUUAUAUAUUUUUUGUGAAUCGCCUUAGUGGACAAUGACUUCCAGGAGGCCAAUGACUCGGUCAUUUUCUGGCAAUGGGAGAACGAGCAGCUUCAGUGAGGAGGAGGGCGGCUCUUCCAAUGGCCGCUCAGAGAGCCGCAAUACAUAUCUGUCAAACGUUAGGCCUGAAAACAGGAGCACGUUGUGCAGCGUCAUGGCUCAGCUCACUGAGGACAUACAGCCGUCAUUUGAGACCACGCUGAAAUCGAAGGCAGUCUCAGAAAACUGUAAUGUCAAAUUCACCUGUGUGGUGUCAGGUUACCCUGUUCCAGAACUGAAAUGGUAUAAAGAUGAUAUGGAAAUGGAUCGCUAUUGUGGACUUCCAAAAUAUGAAAUUCAUCGCAAUGGAAAAACACAUACUCUCCAUAUUUAUAACUGCACUUUGGACGAUGCAGCGAUCUAUCAGGCCUCGGCCAGCAACUGCAAAGGUAUCGUCUCCUGCUCUGGAGUUCUGGAGGUCGGUACCAUGAACGAGUACAAGAUCCAUCAGCGCUUCUUUGACAAGCUGAAACAGAAGGCGGAGAAGAAGAAAAGAGACUUGGAGGAGAAAAAGGAAGGUAAAGAAAACAUUCAGAAAGGAGAACGGAGGAGCAGUCUAGAAGCUCCUCCGAGGAAACGCUCCGUCCCACCGACAGAGAAGAAGGCAGAGGUCAACAAGUCCGUGGCUGUAGAGCAGCCAGGCGGUGCAGUGGCUUCUAAUGCUGUUCACUCGGAAGUAAAUGACACGGGUGAUCUGACAUCUACGAACAGUUCUUUGGAAAAUGAAGCUGUGUCAGAAGAAGUGUUGGCUAAAAAGAGAAUUAAGAUGUCAAACGGCGUAGAUGCUGGAGUUAGCAGCAGUAGCAGCAGCAGCAGCAGCAGUAGCAGAAACCAUUUGAUGGGGAAUGGAGGAGAGAACUGUUAUGACGGAGGAAUCAGUUUAGCACAGUUUUUGGCCGAGACUCUCCAGUCCCAAGCCACCGAGGAGAAUCAGAGCUCGCCUCAAGAGGGAAAAAUUCAAGAGAUGGAAACAGCUCCGCUGGGAGACGAUAGAGAAAAAGACACAGAGGAGAAGCAAAGCACGUUGAAAGAGCGGGAAAAAGAAUUACAGAAGGAACGUGAAAAAGAGAAAAACCAAGACGAGGAAUCACCUGCAGAAAAAGAGAGGACUAGAGAAAGGCAAGUGGAGAUGAAGAAUGCGGCACCUCCUGGCAAACAGAGCUCAGAAGUCAAACAUYACGGCAAAGCUCAUAAGAAGGAUCACAAGGACCAUGAGCACCACCACAUUCAGACUUCCAUCUCCUCCAUGCUGCACACAGUGAAAGACUUCUUCUUUGGGAAGAGCAAGAAGGACCCUCAUGGUCACUUUGAGAAUGAAGACAAAGGUUCUAAUCACGCCGACUCAAYGGUGCAGCCUCCCGAAUCGGACUUGCCGCCAUCAUUUCAGCUGCAUUUGGAAAAAAUGAAUCCAGACCAGUGCAAACAGCUCACAGAGGAAACACAAACUGUAGCUGAAACUCAGGAGCGCUUAGAAACUAUGGAUGUGGAGCCACAGACAGCAUCAGCAGAGCCGCUGACAGUCAACAGUGAAAACAAGGCUCUGAGCACAGAUGUCCAACUAGAUUACACAUUAUUUCCCAAGACUGAAGAGAAAUCUGAAGCAAAGAGUGAGGGAGAGAGGGAUGAGGAGGCCAUGGAGGUCUCUGUGGAGCCAGAGAGCAGGGGUGCAGAGGAAGUGAAAUUGCCUGAGCUUCAAGUUCACUCUGAGCCCCGCCCACACUCACCUGUUCCCGUGUGUCCCCUCCAGGGGAACUCUGAAAUCCUCCAAGAGGAUCUGCUACAACAUCUUGAGUCAGAUCAGCCGCUUGUCGUUCAACAAACUGAAAAAGAAGAUCAAUCCAUUGUGUCACAAAGCCAGGCCCCUGCUAACGAAGAAUGCAGCCUCCCACCCACCUACGCUAGKUCAGAAGAUUGCUGGACUCUGGCUCGGGGUGUGAUCUCACCAACAGAUAGCUGUAACCCUGAGGUAGAACUCACUGAAACUCUGCUAAAUGAGGAGAUUAAUGUUCCAUUGAGCAAAACAGGAGAACCUGACACAGAACCUGGUCUCUCCUACAAUAGGUUAUUUAAGGAAGAGAAAGUUGAAGUGAGAUUAAACCAACAGCCACUUUCAGAUAUAAACAGAUCUGAGAUUACAAAAAUAUCACCAUCUAUGCUGGAAGACAGAUCUGAGCUGGCUGACUCGAAAUCAUCACAUCAGGUGCUUUCACCGCCUGCUGUGGUGGAAGUAUGUGGUGACGAGAAAGAUCAACCAAAGGAGAAGACCAAAUGUGCCUCUCUGAUUCAGGAAAUGAAUGCAGGAUUUCCUCCCACUGAAGUAUCGGGGGCAUUAGAGACAGGUGACCUAAAAAAGCAACACGAACACAUCAAUGUAGUUGUGGAUAAAACAGAGGUCAACAGCGAGAAAUCGAGGCAGACUUUGAACGCAACUUUUAAAUACAACGAGGAGCAGUGUGAGUCAAGAGAAAUUUUGAAAUCUGCUUUAGAAGAAGAUCUAGAGAUAAAUUUAUUUGAAAGUUUAAAAGUACAAGCUUUGAAGAGUGAAGAGAAAAAUAAGAGUUUACAGUUAGAGUUUGUGACUGAAAAGAUUUCAGUGAAUUUAGAGGAGUCCAAUACACUUGAAGUGACACAAAGCAAUGAGAAAAAUGCUAGUAAAAAAKGUUGGCAUGAUGAAUAUGGUUCUGGCACAGGUAACAUUCCAUCGAUCCAAAUAUCUACUAUUGAAGAUGUGCCAAUUAUCAAACCAUCAAUGCCCGAUUUCAGCACAGUUGAAAAWUUUAUGAUCCCAAAAAUUGAAAUAAUGGAGCCUGAGCUUAAAGAAUGCUCUUUGCCACUAAGCAUUUUGGCUCUAAACAGGCCAGAACCACAUGAUUUACAAAAACAUGAUGUAACCAAUGAGUCAAAGAUGAUUGUUCAAAACCAGAGUGAGGCAGAACUUCUUGGAUCGUUCCCCACACAGAGAGGAAUGCAGAAUAACGAUGACCUCUCACCUACAGAAAAAGUUGCUCAAGAAAAGCUUGAGCAGCAGCAAAAACAUUCACUGAACGGUGCGCAGCUCCCACAAAUAGAGUAUACAUCAAUUCCUGUCAUAAGUGUUUCAUGCACCGAUGACCUGGAUGAUGGUGUGAUCAGGGGUUCAUGUACAGAGCGUGCUUCCGACAUUUCAAAGGAAUCUCUGUUUGUGGUUCCGCCAAUUUCUGUCACUUGUCAUGAAAGCGAUCCUGAGCCUGAACGGCCCUCUCCCAGCGAGAACAUAGAAACAGAAACUUCUGCUGGCACACAAAAGGGAACAAAGCAGAGUGUCGAGAGUAACACGAAGCUUGAAAUGCCUGAAAGAGGUCAAGACUUUGAGGAAUUAUUCGAAAAGAGUGCAAAAGAGAACCCGCCAGCUGUGCUUUGUGAAACUCUGACACCAAAGGUUGGUGGGAAUGUGCCAACGCUGACUAAAGCAACAGAAGAAAACACUGUCCCAGAAGUCUCGAAGCUGAAAUCAAUCAAAGAUGCCAAGAAUCCUUCGUCUGUUGAAGAUUUCCUAAAAAGCAAACCCUCUGUGGAGAGACUCAGCUCCAAACCCCCAACGUAUCCCUCACUAAGUCCAUCCAGUCUUCGCAAAUUUAUGUCCAAAGCAGCAACGGACGCAGACAAUGAGAUUGCCACGAGUGUCCCAGUAAUCUCCGUGGACGAUCGUCAAAGUGACAAAGCCGAUGAAGAUCUCAGUGGAGGCUCGACGCCAACAUCAUCCCUUUCAUGUGAAAGCAGUCCCCGACUCAAACGCAGAGACAGUCUGACACUCAUCCGGUCCGCUACGCCUGAGGAGCUGGCCUCCGGCGCUCGGCGUAAAAUCUUCCUCCCUAGGAGCAAAGAUGAAGUAGAKGGAGCCUUGGUGGGCAUGCUGGAAGGCAAGAAGGAGAAUCCCUAUAAGUCGCCCAGCCAGGCACGCAGAGCAGCACUGCUACAGGCUUCUACGGGACAAAAAACCCCACCGAUCGAGAGGCGCUCUCCUUUGAUGAGUCGCARGAAGGCCACCUUGGAGGUGCCAAAGAUUGGGGAUGAGAUUCCGACAGGAGAGCCCGCCAGCACCAAGGAAGAUGAGAAACAAUCUGGAAAGAAGGCAGACCCCUUGAAAGCUCCUCAGGUUAUUCGUAAGAUCCGAGGAGAGCCAUUCCCAGACGCCUCCGGACACUUGAAGCUGUGGUGCCAGUUUUUCAAUGUGCUCAGUGACUCCACCAUUAAAUGGUUUAAAGAUGAGGAAGAAAUACUUGAGGUGAAAAGAAGCGGAGGAGAUGAAACCCAAGUAGCRCUGGCGAUUGUUCAUGCAUCCAACCAAGACUGUGCCGUGUAUGCUUGUACAAUCAGUAAUGAGUACGGGAGUGACACAACUGACUUCCUGCUCAGCGAAGACAUUCUGUCUGAAAUACUUCUAAAAGAUGACUUGGAAGUUGGAGUGGAGAUCGAGAUGACCCCAUUAUUGUUUACCAAAGGCCUGGCAGACAGUGGCACCUGGGGUGAAAAGUACUUUGGCCGCAUUUUAACUGAGACGAUGCACGUCGGGGAGGGUUGCACUCACAAAGCCAGCAGGGUGAAGGUGAUCUACGGCCUGGAUCCCAUCUUUGAGUCUGGAAGCACAUGUAUCAUCAAAAUUCGAAACCCCAUUGCCUACGGAACCAAACACGAGAGCAACCUUGCAGAGAGAAAUCUUGAAAUUACGAAACAAGAAUGUAAAGUCCAAACCAUGAUCCGAGAAUACUGUAAAAUCUUUGCAGCUGAAGCGAGAGUUAAUGAAAACUUUGGCUUUUCAUUGGAAGUGAUUCCUCGAUAUUUGAUUUAUGGGCCUGCGAACUCUGUGCCAUAUGCUACAGUGGAGACAGAUCUUCCAGGGGUCUUUGUGAAGUAUUGCACAAUAGAUCGCAAAGGCAAACUGACUUCACAAAGCAGUUCAGAGCUGGAGCAGAAAUGCUGCACCUUCCAGCACUGGAUCCAUCAGUGGACUCAUGGCAAUUUGCUGGUUACACAGCUUGAAGGUGUUGAAACAAAGAUUACAAAUAUUAAAGUUGCGACCAAGUCAAAAGGAUACCAAGGACUUACAGAAUGUGGUUCCCCUGAAGUAUUCGAUCAGUUCCUAACUCAUCAUCAGUGCAGCUACUACUGUGGACUUCUCGGCCUGCGCCCGCUUAAGCCUGCAGAUCUGCAACAAUCCACCAAGAUAAAGGGCUCCAAAAGUCCCCUGCUCAACCGCAGGAUAAGCACCGGCAGCCCACAGGUCCAGAGAAAAGGACACAGCCCUCAGAUGCCCAGAAAGUCAAAUAGUAGCCCAAAAGUAACAAGAAAAGUUGAAGAGACAGAGGACAGUAAAUCAGAAGGUAAACCCAAGCCUAUAGAAACUCUUUCUGUUCCUGAAUCAAGGUAGGAAAUAAGUUUUUAUCCUGGUACUGAUUAGUAUUGUCUCUAUUUUUAGAAGGUUCUUGAGCUGAACAGACAACGCAAUCACUGUGAAUUUUUGUAUUUACGUUACUGGGGGUGUUUGUUUGACUGACAGCUUUUAUUGUAAGAGGUUUAAAGAGACACUUUAAGAGAUUAAACUGCUAAGUCAAUUGCCUCAGUCUUAUUAGCUCUAUUAAAGGACAUAACACUCUGUCUAAGCAACAUGCCAUGUAAAAUGGAGAUUUCAGCUUUAAGGCAUCCGAAUUAGGCAUAUAAGAUGACUUGCACUUGUCUACAGUCACAGAAUGUACUGUAUUAUUUGUGAACAUUGCAUAUUUAUUUUUUAGGCUCAUAAGAGGCUUUGCAGCAUUUUGUUACACAUCAAAGUCAUGCUGUGGAAAGGCAGCACUAGUUUUAAAUUAAAAAGUUUUGCGUGCACUUUGUUUUUGAACUAUUCACAUCAGAUUUUGAGUCUAUUACAAAGGGUGUCAAAUGAUAUUUUGUUUGAUAAAUAGAACUGGUAAUCAACAAGCUGGAAUGGGAUUACCAGGUCUUUUUAUCAAAAAACAUGUAAAUGAAGUCAUAACGAGUUCGGGAACUUGGUCUGUGGAGUGUAAGAUAAUAAAAUGUAAAAUUAAGAAACCAAAAAAAAUUAAAAAAUAAAAAUUCAGAAAGUAGCCUGAAUUUUUAGGAACUUGUUGAUCUCCAUAGAUGUGUUUCACAUUAACUGAGAUUUAGCAGAAAAAGCUGUUUUUGAUGUUCUUUAAAACUGGUCAGCUGAAACUAAACUUUAGUAAAAACAUUUGUUAAAAUGUGAUCCAAUGUUAGUGUGUGUGGACACGAGGCUGAAAAUAAGACUGACACUGCUCAGGAAUGAGUUUGCAGUAAUAAUAUACAACAGAAGUCAGGGAUUGUUUUUGUUUGUUUGUUUGUUUUGUUUUUACAAAUGACCCAGACAUUAAAAAAAAUCUUUCUGCAGUGAAAUCAUGGUUAUUGAUUAAUGAGGCUACAAAUGAGUAGUCACUUGUAAACUUUAGCUGUUCAAUGAUUUCCCCACAAGACAUGAAGGUGUAUUAUUAACAAAAACACAAACAAUGGAGGAAAGUUUUAGAUGUAGUUGAAAUAUUUUUUAUGACUACAUAAAGUCAUAUUGACUUUAUGUGUACAUAAAUUCAAGAGCGGGAAAAACAUCUGAUAAAAAUCAACAUAUAUGAAAAGUGUGUGGUUAGCGGAAUAAUUGUCAGAUCUUUGAUAUGUUCCACCAUGUCAAUUGAUUCUUGUUUUUUAAUAAAAGUGUCAAAUCAAA